CCGACGGACACUGACGCCCUCUUGGCCAUGCUGGACAAAUCUCUCUCGGAGGAGGCCCGCGCUGAGCUGGCACUCUUCAAAGACAAGAUCGCACCGCCCAAGCCAGCUCAGCAGGAAUCACUCGACGCGAAGUACCAACGUCUCCUUGCAGCUGAACGUAAGGCAGCGGCAGCACUUACGAAGGCGGCAACCUCGGAGAGCAAGGCCAAGGAAUGGGUCGUCCAAUGCGAGGCCCACACUCAGCACUGUGCGGAGGCCCUCGGUGACGCCCAGGCCGCGGUGCAGGAGACCCUCGACGCGAUCAACGAGGCGCGCGGCACGCGGACGCCCUCGGCGUUCAAGUCGACGGCAGGCGGCCUCCACCUCAGCAAGCUCCUCCUCAGCGGGGAGGACCUCGCCUUUGAGGAGGGCGAGGCCUUCGACACCUCCGACCUCGAGCUCGACGCCGAGGACGCCAAGAAGUGGGCAGACCUCAAGCAGCAGUUCCUCGACGAGCUCAAGACGAAGGUCAAGGAGGUCUUCGGCUCAGGCGCCGCGGCUAUCCAGCAGCGCAAGCAAGAGCUGGAAGCCUUGCGCAGCAGGCUCCGCGCCAAGCGGCCUCGCACCGAGGCCGACGGCAGUGGGGCUCAGGCCGCCGAGGCGGGCGCGGGCAGCGCCGCGAGCGAACCAAAGAUAAGGAGGACAUUUAGCCAGCCCAGCUUUCGCACGAUCUACGUGCGGAACAUUACCGACUGGGGGCCAAAGUGCAAGAAGAUCGUGAAGUCGCCGCCGUUCCAGGCGGACAUCCUCGGACUAUUGGAGACUCAUGAGAGCGAGCGCACCAGUGACGCAGUGCUUGCAGAGUUCGAUGCAUCAGCUUGGAAGGCAGUUAUCUCACCGUCGCGAGCCGACGGUACAGUGCAGAAGGCAGGUGGAGUGGUCUUGGGAGCUCGACGCCACCUACAGUGUUCAUCAUUGGGCCACCUGGCCCGCUAUCGCAACCAGACAAAGGGACAGUUGCGCCACAGGAAGCCAGAGCCCCACUUCGUCGCAGGGCCCAUUGACUUCUGGGACUUCCAGGCGCUCACCAUCCAGAUGCAUCAUGGCCAGCUCACGGUGCUCAUUGUGUACCUCACCACAUCCAUCGGGGUGGCUGGCCAGAACCUCAUCAAGCUACAGAACCUUGGAGCUGUCAUCAAGAGUCUCAUGGGGGAUUGGAUCGCGAUUGGCGAUUGGAACGUGGUACCAACGGAGCUGGAGGAGUCAGGAUGGGUCAACUAUGUCGACGGCCGCAUCUGUAAGCCCUCCAACGUCUCGUUCACUCAGUUCACAGGUGGCCGCAUGCUGGAUUACGCGGUCAUCGGAGGGCCAGGUCAUCACGUGCCCGCCAAACUCUUUGCGGACACGAUGGGGGACCACAAGAGUCACAUGGGCCUGGUGGCCCAGUACACUUCACAGUCGGCGCCAGCAUGGGCUCUGAUCUUGCCGACUCCCUUCUCCUUCGCUCACCCUCCAGCGGAGCAGAAGGCUGCCGACCCGCAUAGCAAGCGCUCACGGGCCAAGCGCGAGGCUGAGCAGCGCAGGCUCGAGCGUAUGCAGGACAACCCCUUGGAGGCCCUCAACCCAGAGGUCACCGAGGCGGCGUCUCAGCAGCAGCCAGUGGAUGGCCCACCCCUGCCCGCGCACAUGUGCGGGCCGCCUUCGAGAGGAGGCCGCGCGGUGCCAGCCGACCUGCCGUCGCGGGCCCCCGUUGGCCCUGCGAUCUGGCGGUCGGCCGAGGCAGGGGCAGCCCCCAGUGCUGCGGAGGCGCAGGACAUGGACCACGGCGAGCAGCAGUCCCACGACCGUUUGCUGGGCUUUCCGAUGACGCCGCCGUGCCCGACGGUGGCCAGGCUCACGGCGGCAGAGAAGGACGAGCUGUGGGCACAGGUCUGCCACCGCCAGGUCCAGUACGAUGCACCGCCCGACUACAUUCGGGACUCCCAGGCGUACCAGUCCUCAUCCGAGGCCGCCGACAAUUUGGGCAAGCAGUACGCCAGAUGGAUCACGCACGUCGAAUACUUCUAUACAGACAUCAUGAAUGUAUCAGCUGAUGAGCGGCACCGCUAUGUUGGCCGAGGCAUGGCACGCGCUCCUGCCCAUAUGAAGAUCCGAGCACCUCGAGCAGGCACGGGGGCAUGCACCUCCAAUCGGGCAACGCGAUGGUGGAGCACUAUGGCAGCAUGUACUCAGCUGCUGGCAAAGGCCAUGGCCAGGACGAACGACGCGCUCUCCGAGGCUGGUGAGAACGCGGCAGACAUCAUCUACACCCAUGCACACGCUAUGCCCGAUGACAACCUUGUUCCUAUUGACAAUGCCACCAAGCUCAAGUGGCAGCAUGGUCUAUCAGCUGUGCGUGAAUGGUCUACUGACCAGGCUGCCACCAUGGCCUAUGCACUGGGGAUCCUGGCCGACAGGUUCCAGCGCGCUGAGGUCCGACAAGGACUACAGGCCUUCCAGGAGUGGGUCAUCCAGUGCACGGCCAAGAGACCUAGCAAGGUCCUCAAGUGGAGCACCGACUCAGCGGGGCCGAUCAUGGAGUACGGGGUCGGGCCUACGGCGUCCACCGACCUCCUUAGCAUCAUGGAGGGCAAGCGAGGUGCAUGGUCGCAGCGCUGGAGUGGCACAGUUAACCUCUCCGACCUCCAGGCGUUCCGCCGCAAGUGCAGACUCCUUGCGGAACUUGAGGACGCAUGGCAGCCCAUUGAUCCCUACCUCAUACACGAGAAGGCCACCGUCCUGCCCAACGCCACGGGCCGUGGCAGUGACAACCUCGGCCCCUUGGACAUUCGCAACUUGCCGUUCCAGGCCAAGCAGGACCUGGCUGAUUUCUUCAACCAGUGCGAGAGGCAGAUGGCGUGGCCGUGGCAGCUCAUGAGUGUACUUGUGGGCAUGCUUCCGAAGCCAGACGGCUCGGAGAGGGGUGUCGCAUUGAUUCCAUGGCUCAUGCGCUUCUGGGCGCAGAUGCGUAAGGUCAUCGGGGCCGAUUGGUGCGCGGCCAAGGCCGGACACUGGGACCAGGCCAUCAAGGGCAGCAGUGCCCUCCAGUGCGGCAUCUUCCGCCUGUUCUGCGACGAAGUCGACGACGAGCUGGACGUGCACUACGCCAACGUGAUGUGGGACUUCGCAGAAUUCUACGACAGCGUCAACCCCAUCAUGGCAUUCGAGGCGGCUCUCAGGCUCGACUUCUCGCCCAGGAAGCUUGGCAUGGCGGCGGUCCUGUACAUGUCACCGAGGCGGAAGCUGACCCUUAUGUCUCCCGUGCCCCGCAUUGCCUACGGAGCUAUGGCUACAGGCAUGGCCCCGUCCCAGAUUUUGAAGGUUCAACGCGCUGUGGCGGGGGCGUUAGGGGGUCGCAAGGCUGGACGCUGCCUGACUGCUUACCUGGCGCUUGAACUCGGGAAUCGCAACCCAGGCAUAGAACUUAGAGUCCGCCAGCUGCAGACGUGGUUUCAGUUUAUCACCCGUGACAAAGACAGUGAGCACGUCCUUCCCAGACUUGCCAGAGCUUGGCCCAAGGUGGCCAACCGUGUCGCCCAGACCCCGAAGACCGACCGCUGGAGACAUGUCCGAGGACCGAUGGCGGGGGCGGUCGCGGCGCUUCUGGAUGCGGGUUGGACGGCCACUGAUGACACGUAUUUAACUUGGUGUUCACCAGUCACAGACGACUGGUGGCGACUAUCACUGCAGUCUGGCGAUAUCGACUACGAACCUUUUCUUGAAGAAUUCACCCAGUGCCUGUGGAGCCAAGCGUGGAAGCAAGCUAGCCAGCACUACUUGGGCGGGGGGCUGGAGGGUGGGGCGGACCUCUUCUCCCUUCGGCAGUCUCUCCGCACCUUAGACAAGAUGACCUCCACAGCUGCUCCAGGCAUCAGGGGUAAUGUAAUGGCCAUGGCAACUGGAUCAACCUGGCCGAG